GAGGAAGGAGGAGGAGGAAAAGCCAUGGAGAUGAGGAAGAUAGUGGUAGUGGUGGAGGAUGUAGACGCAGCUCGAACCGCACUCCAAUGGACUCUCCGUAACUUACUUCGCUAUGGGGAUUUGAUCACUCUGCUCCAUGUGUUUCCCUCUACGAAAUCAAAGAGCAGCAACAAGAAGAAGAAACAGAGACUCCUUAGAUUGAGAGGCUUUCAAUUGGCUCUUUCCUUCAAAGAUCUCUGCGAUUCCGUUUUCGGUGCGAAGGUGGAGAUUAUGGUGAGGGAAGGUGAUCAAGAGGGCCGGACGAUUGCUUCGCUGGUCAGAGAGAUUGGAGCUACUUCGUUGGUAGUGGGCCUCCAUGACCAGAGUUUCCUCUACAAGUUGACCAUGGCCCCCGGCAACGUUACAAUCCACCUGAAUUGCAGGGUUCUUGCCAUUAAUCAGAGAUUACCGAUGACACAAGACAACCCCACAAAUUUGGACUUGACUCAGAUUGAGAUUGCCGGAUUAUGGGUUCCUCCUCUCCUCCCUCCACAGAAAAUUCCAUACCAAAUACUUCCAAGCCCUUUUGCUAUAAUUUGGAAAACAAAGAGAGGACGUAGGAGGAAGGAGCAGUUGAAGUGAGGGUGAC